GCCAGGGCGCUGAUAUCGGCCCAAACGACGCGCAUUUGUCGAACAGGCGAAAAAAACGUCUAUGGGGCCUGGAGCCGCGUAGCCCUGCUGCGGGUCAUCUAACACCAGCUCAAACGCGGCGCUCUUUUGCAACAAGAUGUCCACAGAUCCAGCCGCUGCUCCAGCUCCAAAGCGCGCGAGCGUGCCGUAUCGACCGCCGCUUGUCUCGCUGUGGAGACAGAACGAUUUAGCGGACAGCGUCGUCGCGUUUCUACCUGGCACCAAUCUAUCGAGGCUGCCCGUCAUUUCAAAAUCAUUCCGCGCCGCGCAACCAUUAGUCCUCUUUACGGCGGCGCGGCGGCUCAAGGUGCUCGACCGGGCCCAGGACGCAUUUCUGGACGUGCUGCGCGAGGCAAGCCCGGAACACAAUAUCUUCCGCGAGACGUGGGACGGAGGAUUAGCGCGGUGGCUCAGGGCCGAUGGAGAGGGCCUCAGGGCAGACACAGUAGGAUCGCCGCCGCACCUACGCCUGCGUGGUACCAACGAAGAUCACACCGGGCUCUUUCACCAUUUCCCUCGCUCUGCUGGCAGAUCGCUAGCCGUGAAAAGCUUUCGCGCUCAAGUUACAUUUCCAAACGGUGCCGCGUCUGGCGCUUCCGGGUACAUCUGGCUUUGCCGCGACCCAAAUAGAAACGAGGGCUGCGAGGCCAUUGGCGGUAUCUACGGCUGCUAUAGGGGAGAGGACAUCGAUGUGCAAGAAAUUGAACCAGAGGAUCGCGUGGGGACGCUGAAAUGGAUCGCAACCCAGCAGGAUGAAAGCGGGGAAUGGACUAACGAGUGCACAGAAUUGUGCACGGUUGAACCAGGCGUCUGCUACGAGGUCACAGCAUCGUUUUCCGAAAAGGGCGACGAUGAGCUUAUGACCGCCGCGGUCAAUGUCACCCCGCUCGGCCAGCUUCCCUUGGCUACUACCUUAAUCCCGUGCCGUGCGGGUGACCUCGAAGUCGUGAAAAUCUACAACUUCCACGACGGCGAGGCACACAUCGGCGUCGUCGAGGUCGGGUACGAGUCUGAUGACGCCUAA